AUGGAGCCCCGGCAGGCGGACGUGUCCAUCCCGCUGCAGUCCUCCGGCUGGGGGGCGGCCGCCCCCGGGCCCCGCUCCGAGCCGCAGCCCCGGGACUACGUGCUCUGGUCGGUGUUCAAUGUGCUGCUGUGGUGCGCCCUGGGCGGGCUGGGCUGCUGCGGCUUCCCCGCGCUCGUCUGCUCCGUCAAGGCCCGUGACUGCAAGCAGGCGGGGGACCUGGAGGGUGCGCGGCGCCACAGCCACCGCGCCAGGGUGGCCAACAUCGUCUGCUCCGUGGCGGUGGCCCUCGUCUGGCUCAUCUUCAUCGUCAUCGCCGCCACCUUCAUGUCCCGAUUCAGGCACACCUGA